AUCACACCAGAGCGCCGGGAAAUGCUUUGUGAUUGUUAUGAUGCAACAAAAAUGCAACAAUUAAGGCUUUUAUCCACAAAUAUCCGGGUUUCCUUCAAAUCUCACCAGCUGUGGUCUCAAAACCUCCAACGGUUCUUUGGCAAACUUAAGAUUCGUGCUGUUGGUCGAUGCAUUUGUGGAUCCAAAAUGUUGAGAUUUUGGUUUUCGAAUAUUAAGUGUGGAAAAAUGAAACUUGGAUCUUUUACGUGCAAAUCAAAAGUAAGAUGGCUGACUGGUUCAUCUCAACUAAAAAUAACAACUGAAUAAUAUUUUCUAUACAUCUUUGGCAAAGUGCAUCAGAUUAGUUACUCUGCUGCAUAGAAACAUGUAAAUUUAUUCAAGUUUAACAAGAAAAUAUCUAGAGAACUUUACUCUUACAAUAAACAGCUUUAUGUACAUGGAAUAAAUAAAAAUAUGUCAUUAAUUAAAAUUGCAUAAACUGUCACAGAGCUUCUAGCUGGUGAAAAGCUUCAUUAAAUGUCAGAUUUUUCCGGUAACAUGUGACACAGACAGUCCACCGUGAUAUUUGCAUCACAAGCUGUUGCCCCCUGACGUUCUGUAACAGAUUCAACUGUAACCCGUGAUAGUUAGUCACGUUAUCAAAGCUAGCAUAAAAGCCCUGAGGGACAUAUUUUCUUUGCUCCUUCGUUUUCUUCUUCUUCUUCUUUAUUUUUUUUUUACAAUUUUUAAAGAGCUGCAGUCAUGACUAUUUAAAAAUAAAUCCAGUUGGGGAAAACUUAAGUACGCCUCUUGACACAUUAGUUAAGCAGCCAUUGCUAAAUAUCAAUCUUUGAAGUGCUGUAAGGUGAUUUCCAAACUAUGCAAAGUCUGCAAUUUUUAAAACGCCAAGGAAACAUUUGAAACCUAACACGAUGAGAAGUGGACGCCCCUUACAAGUCCGCCUAAAGACCCGACCGACUGCCCAAACCCAGGCCGUCUCAGACUCUGCCGGCCUCAGUUAGCAGGUUAAAUUUUAAAGUUAAAGAAAAACUGUUUGAAAGAGCUGCUACAAGAGAAGCUAAACAGAAAGUAGCACCUCUUGGCAGCCGUCAAGCACGGUGGAAGAGGUGUGGUCGUGUAACAGAGUUUUAUUUUGGCAGUGUUGUGGCUGUGAAGAUUGCUAAAAUGGGUUUGUUUAUUCUUUGACUUUGUCUUGUUUGGUCAGACAUUUGCUGGUGUUUUAAGUUCUGUUACGCUGCGCCUGACAGUCGGUGGUUACCAUAGUAACCGGUAACUGGCAACUCCUCCCCCUUUUUUUUCUGUUGCCCUCUGCGACUGUGCUCUUUUCUUAACUCCUACCAACCAUGUGGAUCGUCCAGCUAAAGGCCGCUGUGUUCAUUCAGUCCGCCGCAGUGACAGAUCUACAGAACAUCUGGAUGUGACGGAGGCGGCGCCAGCUCUGCGGACGGAGGGGCGGAAACAGCAGCACUCUCUGUUGUGGUCAAGCUAACGGCUCGGCAUUUCCACAACAAAUCAGUACAGGCAGCAGUAAUUUUUCUGUAUUAUUGUAACACAGCUGCAGUCAAGUUGCGGGACUUUUAAAUCGCCGCUUAAAUUAAAGCUAAUCGGCACCUGUCAGUUCCCAGGUCUACCUGAUGAGCAUGAGCCAGACUCCAGAGCCUUCUAGCGAUGGCGCCACCGUUACUGAAGAGGCUACAAUAACAACACCCGAGAAGGAGAAGAAGGCGGAUGAGGUGGUAGAGGAAGAAGAGGAGGAGGAAGAGUACGUGGUGGAAAAAGUCCUGAAUCGGCGGGUGGUGAAAGGCAAGGUGGAGUACCUUCUCAAGUGGAAAGGGUUCUCUAAUGAGGAUAACACUUGGGAGCCAGAAGAAAACCUGGACUGUCCGGAUCUGAUAGCAGAAUAUCUGCAGAAACAGAAAUCGGCAAACGAGGGAAAGAGAAAAGCGCCUGGAGAGGUGGACGGAGAUGAAAGCAAAUCAAAGAAGAAAAAGGAUGACCAGAAUGAGAAGUUGAGAGGCUUCGCUCGAGGUCUGGAGCCAGAAAGGAUCAUCGGUGCCACAGACUCUACAGGAGAACUCAUGUUCCUUAUGAAAUGGAAACACUCCGACGAAGCCGACCUGGUGCCAGCAAAAGAGGCCAACGUGAAGUGUCCUCAGGUGGUGAUCUCCUUCUACGAAGAGAGGCUCACCUGGCACUCGUAUCCCUCAGAGGACGAGAAAAAAGACGACAAGAACUAAGGCAGAUGAGGCAGCAGGGCUGGAGAAGAGGAAGAACCUUUUGAACUCCAGUGUGCUUUUGAGAGAGAGAAAAAAAGACCAGCAAGACCUUGUGGACUCA